CGAAUCCGCCCAUUGAGUCGUGAUGAUCUAACCAGUGUGGUGGGUCGACAAAUUUGCCCGCCCCCCCCAAAGAACAUUAUAGAAAAAUUGCCAUACUAGCUAGUUUUUCUUGUGUUAUUUCCUCUGGGAUAGAUUUAACGGGCGGGAAAAAUCUACAACACAACAAGCUGAUCAACGAAGAAAAAGAAGGCAAUCGCAAUCGACUUCGGCUGCUGGACAAUGUUGGCUAGCUAGCGUAGCUGUACAUUAAAUACCAAGCGGGGAGGAUGUUCUCUGGCCUCACCGUAUUUCUUGAUAUUUAAACUGGAUAAAACAUCUAGAUAUACGUCGAUUUACACAUGGUUCUUUCGGAAAAUGACAUGCAGAAUUAAGGCUAAAAAACUGCUUGAUGAAAUUGAAAAGGACGUCGGACAGCGUAGACUGAACACGCCUAGCUGGGGCGUAUUCAUUACGCCGAUUCUUUUGCAAAACGUUUCUCAGACGGAAGCGAACGGGACGAAACAGGGAGGGAUCUAUAUCUGCAUUUGUCCAAUAGAAACUCGUUUUAGUUGCAAAACGUAAUGUUUUUCAACUGUUUUGCUAAUGAUUACACCCCUGGGAUGUAUUCAUUACGCAAACGUUUUAUCGUUUAACAACCAAACGGAACGAAACAGGGCGGGACCUACCUGGAUGUGCCCAGUAAACUAUCGUUUCCCGUUUGGAGUUAUCGGGUUGGCAACAUAUUUUGCGUAAUGAUUACACCCAUGCUAUUUGGUUGAACAGUGCCGUAACUAGCUACCCAGACAAUUUUAUUAAGUUAGCUAUAUUUCCGUCGCCAGCAAACUUUCAAUAGGGAAGAGGGCAAAGCAGAGCAUGCUAAUGUUAACAAAUACGUUUUUCAGUCGCUAGCUGGCUGAUUUCUGCCUCCCGUUUGGCUAAUUUAGCAAUACGUAGUUAGCUAGUCCCCUAGUAUCGAGUGCCAACCUAUUCAAGGCUAGCUAGCGCCACAAACAAAGGCUUCUGCUCAACACCUGCCACAUACUUUUAAGACGCUCGUGUCUUAAUCAACUGUGUUGGUGAACAAAGCGGCAUAAAUGGAUUUACAAACGGCGGUGUUCAAUGCAGCCAGAGAUGGCAAGCUACGGUUGCUUCAGAAACUUUUGGAGAACAAAACUGGCCUAGAGGUUACCAAAUUAAUGGCAGAGAAAACCAACGGUGCGACCUCUUUGCUUAUGGCUGCAAGAUACGGACACCUGGAUUUAGUGGAAUAUCUUUUGGAGUGUUGCUGCGCACCCGUUGAGGUUGGGGGGUCAGUGAAUUUUGAUGGAGAGACUAUCGAAGGUGCCCCCCCUCUAUGGGCUGCCUCAGCAGCAGGACACCUGAAAGUCGUGCAGUCUUUACUUGGCCACGGUGCCUCUGUGAACAAUACAACACUCACCAAUUCCACCCCCCUGAGAGCAGCCUGCUUCGAUGGGCAUCUGGACAUUGUAAAAUACCUGGUGGAGCACAAGGCAGACCUGGAAGUAGCAAACAGACAUGGUCACACAUGCCUCAUGAUCUCGUGUUACAAAGGACACAAGGAAAUUGCCCAGUAUCUAUUGGAGAAAGACGCUGAUGUUAACAGGAAAAGUGUUAAAGGUAAUACAGCAUUACAUGACUGUGCUGAAUCUGGCAGCUUGGAGAUAAUGAAGAUGCUGCUAAAAUAUGGUGCCACCAUGGAGAGGGAUGGUUAUGGAAUGACCCCACUGCUGUCUGCUAGUGUGACUGGCCACACUAACAUUGUUGACUAUCUGACACAACACCAGCAAACAAACCACAUGGAGAGGAUAAACGCCCUCGAACUGCUUGGUGCUACUUUUGUGGACAAAAAGAGGGAUCUUCUUGGGGCAUUAAAGUACUGGAAGAGGGCCAUGGACCUGAGAUACAGUGACAGCAAAAAUGUUCUUAACAAAGCUGAGCCAAAGCAGUUGAUCAUGGCCUAUGACUAUGCCAGGGAAGUAAGUAAUGGGGAGGAGCUAGACAGCCUGAUCUCAGACCCAGAUGAGAUGAGGAUGCAGGCCCUGCUCAUUAGAGAGCGCAUCCUGGGCCCCUCCCACCCCGACACCUCUUACUACAUCCGCUACCGGGGAGCUGUAUACGCUGACUCUGGGAAUUUUGAGCGCUGCAUCAACCUUUGGAAGUAUGCCCUUGACAUGCAGCAGAGCAACUUGGACCCCCUCAGCCCCAUGACAGCCAGCAGCCUGCUGUCCUUCGCUGAACUAUUCUCCUUCAUGCUCCAGGACCGUGCUAAAGGCCUUCUGGGCACCUCGGUCUCCUUCAACGACCUCAUGGGCAUCCUCAGUAAGAGCGUGCUGGAGAUUGAACGUGCGGUGAAACAAACCCAGCCUGACCUGGCUCAGCUCAGCAAGGCCCUCUCCAUCAUCCUGCAUCUCAUCUGCCUGCUGGAGAAGGUCCCCUGUACCGUGGAGCAGGACCAUUUCAAGAAGGAGACCAUCUACAGGUUCCUCAAGCUGCAGCCCUGUGGGAAGAAUGGCUACAGCCCGCUCCACCUGGCCGUGGACAGGAACACCACCUGCGUGGGCCGCUAUCCUGUCUGUAAGUUCCCCUCUUUCCAGGUCACCUCUAUCCUACUGGAGUGUGGGGCGGACGUCAAUUGCCGCGAUGAGGACAACAACAGCCCCCUGCAUGUGGCCGCUUCCAACAAUCACCCGGACAUCAUGAACCUGCUGAUCGCCUGCGGCACGCACUUUGACAGCACCAACUCCCUGAAGCAGACGGCCUGCGACCUGCUGGACGAGAAGGAGAUGGCCAAGAACCUGAUCCAGCCCAUCAACCACACCACCCUGCAGUGUCUGGCUGCACGGGCUAUCAUCAAGCACAGCCUCUGCUACAGAGGAAACAUCCCAGAGAAGCUGGAGGCCUUUGUGCUUCUCCACAGAUAAUGACUAUUAAAGAUGUGGGCCACCACUCUCCUUGCCCCACGUGCACUCUUUUUGAUUGUAUUGGAGUCCAUGAUGAACAUUGUGUGACCCCCCUGCGAAGCAAGAAUUAAAAAGCAACUGCCCCUAAAAAGCAACUUCUUGCUUCUUGUUUUGAAAACAGCCUAUCGAUACGAGUCAAACAUUUAUCGUAGUGUCAAAAUUGACUACAAAGUGUAAAUAGGACAAUUUUGGUCAUAGUCUGCGAGAUGAUAGGGGAAAAAAACAGUAUGUCACGGAAUGAGGAGUACCCUAACAUUUUUUCUCGGGUUGGGUUUAUUUCAAUCCUGCCCACAGCUGACAGCACCCAAGUAAUCAUCAAUUUGGAGCAGAGCUGCACACAACCAUAGUAAUUCCCAUGGACAAUUUGGUUUGACAUUAGAUAUUUCUAUGGGGCUAGUUAGGGACCAUCAGCAAAUUACACAAUGUACAUGGCUGAAGAAAAUAGGCCAAAUCAGGAAGUGCAGCCCCCCUUUUAUAGCUCUGUGGCAAACUGAUGGGGAUUUUUAAAAUAUGCGCAUGCACAAUAUUUUUAGCUUACUAAUUUCUACAUUUUCCAUGCUAUUUAUUAAGAUAUCAUUGAGAGAUUUCUCCAUGCCCCCAUCUCUUUGUUUCUUUCUAUCUAUGCAAAGAUGGUGGAAUGCUGGGACUUUUUUCCAUUACUAUGUUGCCAAUAUAUAGACUCUUAACUUUAAUCAUACAUUCUUUAUGCCCUCAUUCAAUGGUUAUGUUGUCAUGGUUUUGUGUCGGCGUAGUUGAGUGUAAUGGAAUUAACUAAUUUCUCUAUCAAAACCAUGAAGCUUUAUGAAGUGGUAAUGUUUGCAAAUACCAUAAGUGCUUUAUUCCUCCUAUGCACAGGCUAUGAUAUGCGACUGUUCUGUGUUAGCACUUGUCUGUGCAAUAUUUAGCAUCAUAUGUGGUGACUGCCUGUUCCUUUGUUUCCAUAAUUUGUUACACUAAUCAAAGAGGGAUGUGACAAUUGCUGAAUACUGUUCGAUUGGUAGUGUUGCGUGGUUUCAUGUGUUAACUGUAAAAGGUAAUUGUGUGCAGGUUUUGAGUAGGAGUGAAUGCAGCCCAUAUGCUUCAUGUUAUUGAUCUUUGAGCCUGAUUUGUUCUAUGGUGAGCUGAGCACAAAAACAAUAGACACAGGUUAGUUGGAUACUAGUAUGGCUGUGCAUGUAGUUUGAGUUUACAGGAAAUUCAUUGAGCUUUGUACGACAUAUCAAUUAUCGUAUAAACUCUAAAGAGCUCUGACUAACCCAAACGUGAAACCUUUAUAUUUAUCCAAUUGUAUUCUAAUUGAAAAGAGGGGAGGCCUUGUACAGUGGGGCUGAGCUUUGUGAAAUAACCCUGCACAUUAGCUUUAUUCGUGUGGUUUAAAGGGCUUUUCAUAUUUUUAGAAAUACAUUUCACCGAACCAUACAAAUGUACAGUUCCACCAGGGAACUUGCUUUAAUUCUGCACUUUAUUACAACAGACUUUAAGAACCGAUUUGACAAUAAACCCAUAUUGCACUUGU